CUUGUGACAAAUUUUGAAGCGUAGAUGUGAAAAAUGUUGUAGUAUUUCAAAAUCAUAACGUGUCGUUGUGGUGAGCUAUGCGUAUCAGUUAGAAUUGAUAAUAUACAUAUUCUUCAAGAUCUAUAAUUACGGACAACUCGCUGUCAUGUACAUUUUAAUUGUGUAUCAUUCGCUUGAAAAUACAGUUACGACAGGUCGAAAAACCAGCCUUAACUGAGUGAUAUUUAUAAACUGUUCAGUUCAGUGUAUUCAUCCUUAUUACUAUUGCUCGAGUAACUAGUGCACAAGUUGAUUUAAAGGAAAAGACUCCUGGAGUCCCGAAAAAAAUGGCAGCUACUCAGGACUUGAACGAGAGCCUCCCACUUGAUGCUGAGAGUAUGCCUGAAUGUUGGGAUAAAGAUGAUAGGAUGAAUUCCCUUUUUGCCCAAUUUCGAAAUCGCUCUGUCAAUCCACAGGACUGGGAUUCAAAGUAUAGAUUUUGGCGAGGAAUGAUAUCUGAUUGGACUGAACAUAAAAUGCGCUGCAGCUUCUCUCUCGCUGAUUUAAACAAGGCUUUCAAACGUAAUGGUAGAACCCCGGCAUGCUUGUCUGUAGUACUUCAAGAACUGCAUCGCAAUCAUGAAAUCGUUCCACUUACAGAAUUUGUCCGAGAGUCCCCAAGCUCGUGGAGUGGAUGGGCAGUCGAUACUUUAAUGAAACGACCAAUAGUUUGGUCAUUUUCGGUGUUAAAGAACGCAAUGAUUGAGCCAGUGGUCGAUGCAGAUACAAAAUAUGUUCAGUUAGGCACUGUCAAAAAACUGGGUGAAAUCAUAUUGUCAACAAUUGAUAACAGUAAUGAGAAUGCUCUCAUAUCAUUAUCAGAAGUAGCUAAGAAUUGUGUAGGAAAAACUAGAGGCAAGCCUAUAUCGAAUGAUGAUAUAAAAUUGGCUUUGACAUGGCUUCGACUUGAGAGAAAAGCUGCAUUUCGAGUCAACCCUGUUUGCGACAGCAGCGAGAUGUUGGUCAAGUUAUCUACCAGUAAAGUCAAAGAAGUAACAGAGGUUGAGGAGAGUUUGUACAAGUUAGAAAAGCAAGAAGAACUACUGACCAAGAAUUUAGAGAUGUUGGAGAUGGAGAAAGAGGCUGUUGUAAAGAAUGCUAAGGCCUAUCUAAAAAAUGGAAUGAGGCAGGUUGCUAAAAGCUCCCUCAGGAAAAAAAAGGAUAUUGAGAAAAGUAUAGAGAAACGAGCUGCAGCUCUACAAAAUAUCCAAAUCAUCAUUGCUAGAGUUCGGGAUGCGCAUUCGGAUUCGGAGGUACUUACAUCUUACAAAGCUGGAGCUGCUGCUUUAAAGAAGAAGUUAGAUACUGAUGGCCUGACCGAAGACAAUGUUGCUGAAACUAUGGAAGAUCUCUCAGAGGCUCUGGAAGAGUUUAGCGAAAUACAGUCAGCUCUGUCAAGAUCAGUUGAUGUGUAUGAUCCCGACUUGGAGGAUGAGCUGGCCGAGCUACUGCUAGAAUCACCUGAACUUGACGAAUCUGUUAACAAUUCUCAAAGCACUCCGAUUAAACUCAAAAACCAUCCCAACCAUUAUAAGAUUGACGAAUUGCCCGAUAUAGCAAAAGAAUCAUCAUCUCUACAUCUGAAAGAGUUGCCGUCUCCUCCCAAAUACUCACCCUCAGUUAAUUCUCCAGUUCCUUCCCAGGGAGAAUAAGUUAGUGAGUAAUAUAUCAAUUGUAUUUAAUUUUAUUUGUUGAAACUUUUUUCUUCGUUUAUUCAUCAUUAUUGUAAAAUUGUUACGUCGUUCACAAUCUAUUUUAUGGCUAUAUGUUUGACAGCUAGUUGUUAUUGAAAGUUUUGUCUUCGAGUAUAUACAUAUACACAUUUCUAUAA